UCAGAUGAACAGUUCGUGUUAGCAUUUUGAAUUUUUAACAUGUAAGGAGCAAUCAGAUGAACAGUUCAUGUUUGCAAAGUAGCAGAGUCUGUUAGACAUGUCUUUCUUUUUUGACCUCUACAUCAAAACUCAUAUAUCAAAGUAGCAGUCUGUUCACGUGAUCGGUUUGCAAUCAGACAAACAGUUGAUGUUAGCAUUAUUAAUAUGUAAGCAGCAAAGUCAGUUUACAAGUAUUUGCUAAUAACCUAAGGCUGUUGGACAUGUCUUUCUUUUUUUUAUAGUUACAUAUGGGGAAUCCACACAGCAAGCCAACGGAGCAGACGACAUCGUCACAUGUACCUCCAGGUAUAUGUCCAACUAUAAAUUGUGCUAUACAUGUCAAACACCAUCCCAGGAGACUGAAUGUGUUGCAGGCCCGAUGGAGGUGACAAAUGUUAACUACUAUAACCAAGGGAUUAUACCCGUAGCCGACGAUGUUGACAAAAUUUACCCAAGUAGUCCAGCUAUAAGGCUGUGCAAAAUUACAGAGCUUAAUUCUAUGUGAUCAAUCAUACUUAACAGACUUGGGCACGACCGAUUCUAAUGGAUCAAGCACGUGACUUGAAGGAGUCCAUAUUACUCCCUCGGAACGGGUGAUAGUUGAACAGACCGAUGGUGAUAGCACAUAUGAUAGUCCAGGUAUAUAUGUACCUCCAGGUAUAUGUUCAACUACAAAUUUUGCUAUACAUGUCAAGCACCAUCACAGGAGACUGAAUGUGUUGCAGACCCGAUGGAUGGGACAAAUGUUGACGACUAUAACCCAGAUAUUAUACCCGUAGGCAACAAAGUUGACAAUAUUUACCCAAGUAGUCCAGGAGUCCAUAUUACUCCAUCUGAACGGAUCAUACUUGAACAGACCGAUGGUGAUAGCACAUAUGUGCAUCAACCUUCCCAUCUGAUUUCGGACAACCCUCCGAUCUCAUUCCUAUAUAAUGGAGAUUCGUUGCCGGCUCCCAGUAAUCUGACACGAAAUUAUGCGACAGAUGUACCACAAAGUUCAAAUGGUAUUACCUCAUACAUCUUGGACACGAACGCUUCUUCUGCACCGGAGAAGGAGGCACAGGUUCAUCUUUGAUCCCUGGACACAAACGCUUCCUUCCUGCAAGUAAGUAGAAUGUGUUUUCAGCUCGCUCCUACACAACUUGAGGCCUUGCACGUCUGAGUGGAGCGCCCAGGCGGAUCUUUGGUUAAUAAGGUUCAUCUUCACGCCAGAGAUCAGGGGACUCAGUUUCCUUUUGGUUGAUCAUCCUGUAGCAACAGAAAUUAAAUGGAUCAACCUGUAGUUACCGAUGUUAUUGCAUAAAUAGUUACCGAUGUUAUAUGGUCUAGCUUUGCAACAUAAUCACGUUCUUCUGCACCUGUAGUCACCGAUGUUAUAUGGUGUUGUCAGACAUAAUUUAACUUUGUCCGCGGAAUUUCUCACCUUCUAGGAAAUCAAGAGAUAUGCGCUGUUGAUGAGUUGUUCAUUAUACGGCCUACUUACAGAUGGUAUAAGCAAUCAUGAAAAUGCAAACAAAAUGAAGUAUGCCUCCAUCAAGAGUAGACCAAGAAACUGAUAUCAAUGCAAAUGAGAUUACAAUUUUAGACGGUUUCCCUUAACAGCCGAUGACCAACUAUAUUCUUCCUUGAGUGAUUUUUACUGAUGUUAACAGCGGAAUGUUGGUCAUUUUCAGAGUAUAGUCCAAGGCACUUCUGCACAUCUAUGAGGUACCUGCAAGUACCAUAGUUGGUUAUCAUUUUGCAUCUGGUUACAAUAAAAUGCUAUCUAGAUCACAUACAUGAAUCCGACUUUUUUCUAAUUAGUGAGGUUGUCACAUACAUGCUCACACUCAUAUCCUUAAUGAGUAUACAAGUGUACCCAGAAUACAACCCCCCUUACUAAGCCUUUUGUCCCAAACAAGUUGGGGUAGGCUAGAUAUGAAACCCUUUUACGAGGACUUCCCAGGAGGUCACCCAUCCUAGUACUACUCUCGCCCAAAUGGGUUUCAUACCCAAAGGACUGGCUAGUUUUUACGUUGGCUUGCCAAGCCUAUCACAACCCUUAGAUAUGAAACCCUUUCCCGAGGACUUCCGAGGAGGUCACCCAUCCUAGUACUACUCUCGUUCAAAUGGGUUUCAUACCCAUGGGACUGGCUAGUUUUUACGUUGGCUCGCCAAGCCUAUCACAACCCUCCUCCUUUACCCGGGCUUGGGACCGGCUAUGCCUAGAAGACAUAGGCGGAGUU